UUUCCACAAUUGCCAUGCAAAAUUACUCAAUCAGCUAGGCGCGCUACAGUUAUUUACACAUUGAGCAGCGCCGCAAAAAACACGAUCCGCACCAGCGAUCAAUCGAUCUGGUUUGUUUUGCCAACCAGUUCAUCGACUUUCAACGAAAGCGCAAACACACGACAAACCUAACGCUGCUAGUUGAUGUUGGCGGCAGAUCAUUUGUCACAGCCGGAUUUUCCUGGGCCCUUCGCUCCAUCGCACUGCUCCAGCGCAAUCGAUGGCAAUUGUCGUGGCGAAUAUCGUAUCUGCACGCUCCACCGGCGUACAGAGAACGUGUUAAUAAACGAGUUCUCAAUGCGCACGAUGAAAUCUACCAUCGGCAAUCGAUUGAAUAAUUAUUAAUGAACUCUUCCGCCGUCUUCUUCGUCGUUUCAGCUUCACAGAUUAGUCUCUCUAAGAAGUGAAUAAAUACUCUAAACUCUGAAAAACUGCGGACGUUAGACUCAUUUCUGGUUGCUGCGGCGGUUAUCUUAAUCUGUGCCAACCGGGCUGAAAAUGUUUGCACCAUUCAUUCAUUGCACCUCAUCUACCUAUUGCUUCCCUAUUAGAUGCUUCGUCAUAGCUCCAAAGGAUGAUGUAUGAAUGUGAAGCAGGCGAAAUAAAAUAGUUAAGCGGCAAUGACUCCAGACCGUCUCGAUCGUCGGCACAGUUAUGAAGACGAAAGCCGGAAAGCGACCAUUGAGGAUAGCAGGACUGUCUGCGGAACAGCCCCGGCGCAUAAUCAGCUGAUUUGCUUUCGGUCGAAUGUGGCUCAACCUGGAAACCCCGUGAAACACUCAUUCACGUGCUAUUGCAACGGGCGACAGUGCGAUCUGAAGUUUGUGAUAACAGUUGCAUCGCUCGGGAAAUUAUGCAACAGGUUUUCCCCCGGCCUGGAACUCUCCCGCCCGGCAACCAUUGCAAUGCUGGAUCAGUCAGACCAGACAAUAUUAAUGGGGCAACUUUUGUCCACCGCACCGAGUGGAACAAGUGUAUUUAAAACCGAGCAUUUAUUGAUAUAAUCGAAUUUAAGAGCUCGUUCGAACCUUGCGAAUCGAAAAGCAAUUCAAAAACCAAAGGUAGGUAAUUGUCGCACUGGCCUUCUUGCUUCGACGAGUAACCCGGGGCGUUCGGCAACAGCAGCUACCAGAGCUCAAUAGACCCUUCCCGUUGAGCAUGAGCAUCAAUUUUAUAUCUUUUUUUAAAAAACAAGAUACGAUUACGGGGAAAAAAAUCAAUUUGUUACGAAGUUUAGAAAAGUGAGGGUGUAGAAUCACACCUCUAAAAUAUAUUGCAUUUUUGUAGUUUCCUGUUGAGCAUAAAAUUUUUAUUUGAACUAAGACACGCAAAAUUAAAUAAUUUUCUAAAUAAAUGUCAUUAAAUUUACAACGAUUUAC